AUGGAGGACUCGAAAAAAGUAAUUACUGCUUCAAAGGGGUUGCUGCAGAGUGAAGAAUUGUAUCAGUAUAUCCUGGAGACUAGUGUGUAUCCGCAUGAACCAGAACCUCUCAGGGAGCUAAGGAUGCUUACUGCUACCCAUCCAAGGGCCAUGAUGGCUACCGCACCAGAUGCUGGUCAGUUGAUGGCAAUGCUCUUGAAGUUAGUAAAUGCUCAGAAAACAAUUGAAGUGGGAGUUUUCACAGGAUACUCCCUUCUCCUCACUGCUCUUUCGAUUCCUGAGAAUGGAAAGAUAACAGCCAUAGAUGUGAAUCGUGAGGCCUACGAAAUAGGAUUACCAAUUAUAAGAAAAGCUGGUGUUGAACACAAAAUUAACUUCAUCGAAUCAGAAGCUCAACCGAUUCUUGACAAGCUAUUAAAAGAUCAUGGAAAUGAAGGCAGUUUUGAUUUUGCUUUUGUUGAUGCUGACAAAGUGAAUUACUGGAACUACCAUGAGAAGCUAAUGAAAUUGCUGAAGGUGGGUGGAAUAGUUGUCUAUGACAACACACUGUGGGGAGGGACGGUUGCAAUGCCAGAAGAGUCUGCUCCGGAGGAUAUGAGAGCGAAUCUGCUGAAUAUCUGUCUGAGCCCUGAAUCUCAAACCUAUUUUACUCGCUUUGGUACAGUGCCAGUGCAAGAAGUGAAGGCUUAG